AUGAAGGUUUACGUAUUCAGUGCCACCGUGGCUCUUCUCGCGGUGUUCUUUUUCACGAACUUCGUUAGCUACGUGAAGAUUCUCUUGCAGCUGACAUCUGAUGCCUCGCUCUGCCCGGUCUUCGACUCCCGUGCUCCCCCUCGGUUUGCCACGGACAACUCCACGGUGCUCAGGAUUUUGAACAGCGAUGCCUACAGAAUGGAGUCGGUGAAAAAACUCUCCAGUGCCGUGCGCGUGGACACGCAAGUCACGGACAAUUUGCCGGACGUAGCCGAGGCUCCCGAAAAAUGGGAACACUUUGCCCAGUUCCACGAGUACUUGGAGCAGCACUUCCCCCGCAUCUACGAAGCAUGCGACGUGUUCAAGGUCAACACCUGGGGCCUCGUUUUCCACUGGAAGGGCGCCGACUCCUCGUUGAAACCAUUGCUUCUUGCGGCCCACCAGGACGUCGUGCCCGUGCAGAAGGACACGUUGAACGACUGGACAUAUCCUCCGUUUGACGGCCAUUACGAUGGCAAAUACGUGUACGGCCGCGGCGCCUCUGACUGCAAGAACUCCCUUGUGGCGGUGAUGGAGGCCUUGGACUUGCUCAUCAGCGAAAACUACGCGCCACAAAGAGGCGUCCUUGUGGCGUUCGGCUUUGACGAGGAGAUCUCGGGGACUCGUGGCGCAAGCACAAUCGCGGCGUUUUUGGAGGACAAGUUCGGCAAGGACUCGGUCUACGCCAUCAUCGACGAGGGCCCAGGCUUGUUGCAGGAUGCCGUGACCGGGAACUUGGUGGCCGCCCCGGCGACUGGUGAAAAGGGCUAUGCCGACAUCCGUGUCGACUUGUUCAUGAAGGGAGGCCACUCGUCAAUUCCUCCUGACCAUGGUGCAAUUGGCAUCAUGGGGGAAUUGGCGUACAACAUCGAACAGGAUCAGUACUCUCCUUUGCUCACGGAUGAGAACCCGUUGCUCCAAUACAUGCAAUGCUUGGCUGUCAACAGCGGCGACAAGAUGAGCAAGUUGCAGAAGAAGGCCAUUUUGAGAGCUGGCUUCGACAAGGUCGCCAACUCCAAGGUGGUGAAGGUGCUUUCCCAGAACUCCUUGACGAAGUACUUGAUCAAGACUUCGCAGGCGGCAGAUGUCAUUCACGGCGGCGAAAAGGCCAACGCUCUUCCCGAGGACGUGGCUUUGGUGGUCAACCACAGAGUCGCCAUUGGCACGACAGUGGCCGAGGUCCAGGACCACUUUGUUUCGAGGGUUGUGAGCUUGGCGAAAAAGUACGGAAUGGAUGUGGAGGCUUUUGGCAAGCCCGUGUUCAAAACAAAGGAGCCUGCUGGCUCGUUCAGUGUGAGCACUUUUGGCACGGAUCUCGAGUACGCGCCGGUCACUCCAUCAAAGGGUAAGGUGUGGGAGUACUUGGCGUCGACCACAAGACACGUGUUUGAGGACUUGGUGCUUAACAACACUCUUGGAUACCCGCUCGUGACUGCGCCCUGCUUGAUGCCCGCGAACACGGACACUCGCUACUACUGGAACUUGACAAAGAACAUUUUCAGGUACUCGCCAAUGAUUGUGGACAUGUUUGAGAACAACAUCCACAGUGUGGACGAGAAGAUUUUGUUUGACGGCCACUUGCAGUUGACCGCAUGGUACUACGAGUACAUCCAGAACGUCGACAGCAAGCACGCUGAGUAG